GACGGUCCCCUGGCGCUGUGCUGCAGCCUGAGGUGGCGUCUGACACCCGAGGAGCCCGCAGCCAGGAGUGGGGAGGCCCCUCCGAUGCUGUCGUGGUAAAAGUGCCUCAUCCCAUGUCGUGGUAAAAGUGCCUCAUCCCAUCCCCAACCUGUCAUGGGGAAUCCGCGGUGAACCAGCGCCUCCGCAGACAAUGCGGCGCGGACGGGCUGGUGACGCGGAGUCGGGACGUGGGUGGUGAGCCCUGGUGCCUGUCUGCCCUUGCGCACUCGCGUGUGACCUGCUUUAUUGUUGCCUGUGAUCUCUUUGGGGUUGUAUUGUUUUUUCUCUACGUCUCCGAGCAGAAGGGGUCUGUAACGAGCCAGUGACCUUUGAGGAUGUGGCUGUGAACUUCACCUCAGGAGAAUGGACUUUGUUGGAUUCCAAUCAAAAGAAGCUCUACAGAGAUGUGAUGAAGGAAACCUUUAUGAACCUGCUCUCCAUAGAGAAAACACAAGAAGAAAAUAAUGAAGAGGACCACCAGAAUCUCAGGAGAAAUCUGGGAACUCAGGUGGUUGAGAAAGACAGUGAAUAUGAACAUGAGAAUUGGUGUGAAGAAACCCAGCAACAGAUUCCAGUACAUAUUGUUAAUGAGGACAUGCCUCCUGCUAUAACAUUAUAUGAAAGCAGUUUGUGUGUAAGAAAUGUCAUUGAUAAUUUACCCUCAGAUGUUCACCUCAGUGAUCAAACUAAAGAGAAACUACUUGAGUGUAAGGAACCUGUGGAGAAGGCUUUUAAACAUGAGAAAUUUUGGCAAGAGGUGGGUCAUUCUGGGUCAUUUCAGGUACAUGAAAGUUCUAGAGAUAAAUCCUAUGAAAAUCAAUGCACUCCAGCUUGUGGGAGUCUCCAUUAUGAUCAGCAUCAGGAGAGAGCUUACACUGGAAAUAACCACAAUGAGAAUGCCUUUACAAAUUGUACAAAUGGCCAGGUAGAUGAAAGAAUCUAUACUGAAGUAAAACCAUUCGUGUGUAAGCAGUGUGGAGAAGCCUUUGUUAAUUCCAGUCACCUUAUCAGUCAUGAGCGAAUUCAUAUUGUAGAGAAGUGUUAUAUUUGCAAACAGUGUGGAAAAACAUUUAGAUAUUUGUCAUGCUUUCAAAAACAUGAAAGAAUUCACAGUGGAGAGCCUUAUGCUUGUGAGCAAUGUGGGAAAGCAUUUAUUCAGUUGAAAAACCUACUCAUGCACCAAAGAAUUCACACUGGAGAAAAUUCUUAUGAAUGUAAACAUUGUGAAAAAGUCUUCACUAUUUCCAAUGCUGAUCAUGUUCAUGAAAAACUUCACUGUGUAGAGAAGCCUUAUUCAUGUAAGCAUUGUGGGAAAGCUUUCACUAGUCCCGAUGACUAUAAUAGUUGUGAAAGGAUUCACACUGGAGAGAAUCCCUUUGUAUGUAAAAAAUGUGGGAAAGCAUUCAAACGUUUGGGUCAUUUUAUGAAUCAUGAAAGAAUUCACACUGGAGAGAAGCCUUAUGCAUGUAAACAUUGUGGAAAAUCCUUCACCAGUUCCAGUGACCGUAACAGUCAUGAAAGAAUACAUACUGGAGAGAAACCCUUUGUAUGUAAAACAUGUGGGAAAGCAUUCAGUCGUUCUGAUUAUCUUAUCAGUCAUAGAAGGAUACACACUGGAGAGAAGCCUUAUGCAUGUAAGUAUUGUGGAAAGCCCUUUGCCACUUCCAGUGACAGAAACAGCCAUGAAAGAAUUCAUACUGGUAAGAGAUCCUUUCUAUGUAAAAAAUGUGGAAAAGUUUUCAUUCUUUCUGGUGAUCUAAUCAAGCACGAAAGAAUUCACACUGGAGAGAAGCCUUAUGCAUGCAAACAUUGUGGAAAAGCCUUCACCACUUCAAGUGCCCGUAACAGUCAUGAAAGAAUUCACACUGGAGAGAAGCCUUAUACAUGUAAACAUUGCACAAAAACUUUUGCCACUUCCAGUACACGUAACAGUCAUGAAAAAACUCACACUGCAGAGAAGCAUUUUGCAUGUAACCCUUGUGGAAAAACCUUCAACAGUCAGAGUUCCUAUUACACUCAUAAAAAAAUUCAUUCUAUGAAAGAGAAACUUUACAUAUGUAAACACUGUGGGAAAGAAUUCACCUAUUGUGGUAAUUUCCUCAAGCAUGAAAGAAUUCAUGCUAUAGAGUCCUUGUCCAUGUGAGCAAUCUGUGAAAAGGUCUCUGUGUCUUACAUACCAUCACAAACCCAUACAAGGUCUCAUAAUGAAGAACUUGCUCAACUAGAAACAGUAUGGCAUUCUGUGUGGUCAACUUGCCUUUAUUGUGAGGUAGGAAAAAAGCAUUUAGAUGACCAUGAGAUGGCUUAGUUAGUAGAAGUUCUUUUGGGUUAGCCUGAUCUCAGUUUUAACCAUGGAAGUCACAUGGUGAAAACAGAGAACCAAUUCCCAAAAGUUGUCUUCUGAGUUCCACAUGCACACCAUUGCAUGUAUGUGUGUGUGUGCAUAAAUGAAGUAAAAAAAAAAAAUGUAGCACUAAAGCAAGAAAAAGAAAAAAAAAGUUUGAAGUGAAAAGAAACAGAUAUGAGUAGCAACAGUGUAAUUUUAGCCCUAAUAUAUAAGCAAAAUCAGGAUAAAUCCUGUUCUGAUAUAUGUUUUAAUGCUUGUCUGUUUAUUGCAGCUCAGGUAGGAGGCUGGCAAAAUAGGACAUUUGAAUACCACUUGGAACUUUUUUUUUUUUUUUUUUUGGUUUUUCGAGACAGGGUUUCUCUGUGUAGCUUUGGAGCCUAUCCUGGCACUCGCUCUGGAGACCAGGCUGGUCUCGAACUCACAGAGAUCCACCUGCCUCUGCCUCCCAAGUGCUGACCACUUGGAACUUUUAAGGUGAACUUGUUCCAACCAAAUGAAAAUUUAAUGAAAAAAAUAAAGCUGUGUGAUUUUUCAGUUGAAAUAAAGCUUGUAAAACAUUUCAUGUAGUUAAAUAUUGCAAAGAGAAUUUAAGUUUGUGUAGCAUAUUUUAAAAAUAAUAUGAAAGAAUUACAAUAAAAAUGUUAGCAUUUUGAUCUUU